AAUACAUCAUUGUAGUGAAAACGUGCAUAAGAACCAAAACAUUAAGUUAAAUCUCCUCCCCCCAGCUGGAAAAAUAGAAGCGCACACAAAUGGAGAACGUCACAUCCCCUUGACCCUCCAAUCACCUCGGGGUCCCAUUUGAUUGGAAGGCGGCAAAGGCUUUUAUCUCAGACUAAUUCAGCUGCUUUUGAAGUGAGUUUUUCUAGCAGAUCUCGUGUUGGGCGGACUAGCGCACGGACCUGCUGGAAGACGCGCAGCGAUCUGAAACCUACGAUGCAGACACAGCGUCAGAUCUGCGAUAGCCGCGCAUUCUGCUCCGACCAGCGUCUCUGAUCGCACGGAUUUUACAGAAACUGCUCGUUUUUUGUGGGGGACUUAUUUUAAUGCUACAUUUCUAAAGGAGACGCCCUUUCACUGUUUUUCUUUUUAAUUUUUAGUUUCAGAUAAAUGCAUUUCCUUCCAUUGCAGUGAGAAUUGGGUCAUGAUCACAUCGCCCUCGGUCUCUGCUCUGAGAAAUAGUAUUACUAAUCAAGUCUGGGAAAGCAGUAGUUGUGGGAAGAACAGCUCCGCGAACGUAAAUAAACCUUUUCUUCACUCCGUUCCUCCUUCGGACCCUCUACGGCAAGCUAACCGUCUGCCCAUCAAGAUUCUGAAAAUGCUGACAGCACGGGCAGGGCACAUUUUGCACCCAGAAUACCUCCAGCCCUUGCCAUCGACACCGAUUAGUCCGAUUGAGCUAGAUGCCAAGAAAAGUCCGUUGGCCCUUUUGGCACAAACGUGCUCUCAGAUCGGGAAGCCGGAUCCCCCUCCCUCUUCAAAGCUGUCCUCUGUCACAAAUGGAUCUACUGACAAAGAUUCCAAAUCCGGUCCGUUGAAAAUGAGUGACAUCGGAGCCGAAGACAAAUCUAGCUUCAAACCUUACUCAAAAUCGUCUGAAAAGAAGGACUCGUCGUCCGGGGUUUCUAGUGGAGAUAAAUCUGGUUUCCGUGUACCUAGCGCCACCUGUCAGCCGUUUACUCCAAGGACAGGCAGCCCGAAUUCCUGCACUUCAGCGUCUCCGCUCCCGACAGAGGGCAAAUCAGGAGACAGGGAGGAAAAGAAAGAAUCUGAUAGUAAUAAGAAUAUCACAACGGAGGGGCCUGGAACCACUAGUGCCGGUCACAACAGGAUUAGCGUAAACUGUGCUGGAAUUAACGUGGAGGUCAACCACCACCAGGAAACAACACCUGGAUCAAAAGCUGUAACGUCAGACUCUUCAUCUGUAUCUUCAGCUUCCUCCGUUCUGGGAUCAGGGCUUGUCGCACCCGUUUCCCCAUACAAACCCGGUCAAACUGUUUUUCCUCUACCACCUGCCGGCAUGUCAUACCCUGGGUCCUUAGCGGGGGCCUAUGCUGGCUAUCCUCAACAUUUUCUGCCGCACGGAGUGACUUUAGACCCGACUAAACCGAGCAGUCAUUUACUUAAUGCGCAGUUUGCGAGUUCACUGGGCUGCAGUAAAGCAGGAUCGAGCCCUUUAGCGGGAGCGUCGCCGCCGUCGAUAAUGUCCGCCAGCCUGUGCAGAGACCCCUACUGCCUGAGUUACCACUGCGCGAGCCACUUGGCCGGGGCGGCCAGUGCCUCGUGCUCGCACGAGUCAGCCGCUGCCGCGGCCGCCUCCGCACUCAAGUCUGGAUACCCUCUCAUGUACCCGACGCACCCGUUACACGGCGUUCACUCCUCUCCGCCAUCUUUCGCAGGACACCCUCUGUACCCCUACGGCUUCGUGCUCCCCAACGAUCCCCUACCGCACGUCUGUAACUGGGUGUCGGCGAACGGACCUUGCGACAAGCGUUUUUCUUCGUCGGAGGAACUUCUCAACCACUUGCGGACCCACACUGCCUUCACUGGGACGGAGAAAUUGAUAUCAGGAUACCCUAGCUCGUCGUCAUUAGCUAGCGCUGCCGCGGCGGCCAUGGCGUGCCACAUGCACAUGCCCCCAGCAGGAGCUCCUGGCAGCCCCGGGACUUUGGCACUGAGGAACCCGCAUCACGCCCUGGGACUAAGCGGCCGCUACCAUCCGUACUCAAAAAGCCCUUUGCCAACCCCGGGCGCCCCGGUCCCGGUACCUGCGGCCACCGGUCCAUAUUACUCUCCAUAUGCAUUGUACGGUCAGAGACUUACUACAGCGUCCGCGCUUGGAUAUCAGUAAAAACUAAUGUUUAAAAAAAGUAAAACGUAAAAAAAAAACAAAAAAAAAACAAGACUUUUAUACUGACUGUCCACUUCAGGACUGGAUCCGUGGACCCGUUGUAUUUAUUUAUGGUAGCUUCAAGCGGGACAAUAAUAAAAUAAUAAUAAUUAAAAAAAACUGAAAGAGAAACUCAAAAGUGCAUUACUUUAAAAUGAACUCUAUAGGAAAAGUGAAACGCCAAUGGUAGACAACGACUGAAAAUAGGGUUUUUUUUUUGUUUUGUUUUGGUUUUUUUUUCAUUUCGACGUUUAUUUGAAAUUGCUAUGAUUGUACCGUAUGUUCUUAUUUAAUGUCUCAUUGAGAAGAAAAUAAUUUACAUGCAUGUUUGUUACUAAAAUCCCAACUUGUCCUUAUAAUUUUAAAUUGCAAUUAUUUUUAAGGUGUAUACCAUGAAAAGAGAGUGGUAUUUUUUGUAUGUAUUCUGGAAAAAUAAGAAACCGUUCUAUUCCAACACA